AUGGGCAACCGUCGCGGCAUUUCGCGCAUGACGCUCGUGGGCGAGGCUCUGAGCCGAACCAUUGUCGCGGCCAUGGUCAUUGUCUCCAUCGUCGUCGCAGCCACCAGCGUCUACCCCAAGGGAUUCACCGUCAUGUUUGCCACGGCUGGCAUUGCCGUCGUGGUCGAGGGUGCUCUUCUCCUGCGUGCCCUGUUCUACCUCAUGAAGCCGUCCGCCUACAACCUCACCAACCUCCGCGGUGGAAUCCUCAUUGCCGUGCAGUGCGUCCUGCUCGCCCUCUUCAUCAUCGCCGCCGUCUUUGCCUUUAGAGACUACUCCAAGGAGGCCGGAUACGCGAGCCGAGCCCAGGCCGCCGUCUACGACCGACGCAUUGCCUGCGGAGUUCUCAUCAUGGCGUCCAUCCUGUUCCAAAUUGUGCCCACCAUCAUCACCAUUGCUAGACUGUCUCAGGGCAGCGAUGAGAGCCUGAGGGCCAAGAGCAAGGAGAGCGAGGAAAAGGCCGCUGCCGCUGAGCACUAA